CGGGCUGGACCGUGCAUGGAGACAACCAAAACUUCAUCAGGUUCGGAGUCGUGGGAAGGGGAGAGCCCGGGGUCCCAUGCUCCCCUGCCGCCCCUGUGCAUGCACGGGCCAGGCAGAGAAGGAAUCAAAGCUCCGGACGCGCUGCGUUGCCUCCAGGAAGAACAUCAGGAUCGCCAGAAAGGUCGGAGCCAUUCUAGAUUAAGGCUAAAAGUGGGGAACCUGUUUCCAGGAGAUGCAUGAAUGAAAACAUCAUGUUAAGCUGGUUUAUUGAUUCGGGUAUUAUUCUGUUUGCAUUGAAUGGUGGUUUGUUGAUUGUGAUUUCUCAGGUAGCUAUAGCAGUUUGGGCCAGGAGUUUAAUGAGGUUCUGUUGGCUAAAGUUACACUGGAAGUUCAAAUAUUGAUUGAUUUACCUAUUAAAUCGAUUUAGAAAGCCACUCAUCUGAAUGGCUAUUUGUGACCUGAGACAUUUAUGAUCUGGAUUGUUCAAAGAUUGCUUUUCAUGCUGCAAGCAGCCAUCAAAAUUAUUUGAAUAAAUGAGUAGGAAUAAGAAAUAAAAAACAUAUUUUAAAGUUAUGUAUCCAAACUGUUUAGUCCUUGAAAAAAGUUGAUCCAGAAGGUUACUACAGAUUUUUGUCCACACAGAAAUACGUCACUUCUUACAAAGAUUUUGCUGCCCUUCCCAGAUAUUGGUGGGUUGAUAAGAAUUUCUUCUUUCAGUUUUUGUAUGUGGUCAGUUGUUAAGUUGGUCAACCUGUAUUUCUGGAAUUUGUUUCCCAUUUUAGAUAUAUAAGUUGGAAAUCUUUCCUGAUUGCUCCUGAGUCUUAAAUAUCUUGUGUGGGAAGAGGGCUAAAUGUCCUUUGGAGAUUUUGACAGACCUCUUUGAUUAGGAAGACCUAUGCAGAUCCAUUGGUCUGUUUGGGGCCUGGAUUAGAGACCAGAGAGAAGAUGGGCCAGGGGGUUAAUGGGGUUCUGCUGGCUAAAGUUUUAUUUGAAAUUCAAAUAUUGAUUGAUUUACCUAUUAAAUCAAUUUAGAAAGUCAUCUCAAUGACUGUUUGUGAUCUGAGAUGUUUAUGAUCUGGAUUGCACAGAGGUUGGUUUUUAAGCUGCAAGCAGCCAUCAGAAUUAUUUAAAUAAAUAAGUAGAAAUUAGAAAUCAACACAUAUUUUAAAUGUAUGUAUCCAAACUGUUUAGUCCUUGAUAGAAGUCGAUCCACCAGCUUACUACAAAAUUUUUCCACAGACAUAUCGGUCAGUCUGCCCGCUAAGAUUUCCCCCCUCUUCCUAGAUAUCGGUGGGUUCAUAAGAAUUCUUAUUUGGGUUAAAUUGGUCACUCUGUAUUUCUGGAAUUUUUUUUUUGUUUUCCAUUUCAGAUACAUAAGUUGGAAAGCUUUUUUGGUUCCCCUGGAGUCCUAAGUAACUUGUGUGGGAAGAGGGCUAAAUAGACUUGGGAAAUUUUGACAGACCUGAUUAGGAAGACCUGUGCAGAUCUAUCAGUCCAUUUUGGAGCUGGAUUAGAGACCAGAAAGAAGAUGGAGGGACAACGCUCAGCAGAUGCAGGAGCUGGAAAAGACCCUUCAGCUGCUCACUCUGGAAGCUGUGGGAAGAAUGGGGCAAGUCCUGGGCAGAAGAGUCAAGAACAGGAAGCCAACAGUUCAGAGGUGCAAUACUGUUACUUCAGAAAUGUGCAGUUUCAGGAGGGGAGGGGUCCCCGAGAAGUUUGCAGUCAGCUUCACCGCCUUUGCUGUCAGUGGCUGCAACCAGAAAGACACACGAAGGCCCAGAUGCUGGACCUGGUGCUCCUGGAGCAGUUCCUGGCUAUCCUUCCACCAGAGAUGGAGAAAUGGGUGCGGGAGUGUGGAGCAGAGACCAGUUCCCAGGCGGUGGCCUUGGCCGAAGGCUUCUUGCUGAAUGCGGAUGUGGAAAAGAUACAAGAGUUCCAGAAAUCCUUCGAAGCUACGACUGAGUAUCCCAAGGGGGGAGAAGAUUCAUCCAAACCCUCUCAAGAGCUGCUGUUCAGGGAGAACUUCCAGAAAGGUCCAAGUCAGGACAUCACGCCAGAGAGUAGAAAGCUGUCCAUGGAAUUUGUAGAGUCACCUCCUCUUUGUGGUGGAGCUGAAGGAUUGGCUGAACCUCUACUUCCGGAUGUUGUGUCUUUUGAGGAGGUGGCUGUGUAUUUCUCCAAGGAGGAGUGGUCUCAGCUGGACCCUGCCCAAAAAGCGCUUCAUGGAGAAGUCAUGCUGGAGAAUUCUAGGAAUCUGGCUUCUCUGGGCUUUAAUGGGCAAGAGAAUAAUAAUUGCAAGGAGAAAUGUCAAGUGAGCCAAUCAAAAGAGGGAAAAGGGAAGUUUGCAGAUCAGAUGCAACCAAAGAGUGAUGAAAUGAAGCAAUCACAAAGUGGAAUUAAAAAAGGCUUUCCUCGGGUCAGUCAGCUUCCUAACUCUACAAGCAUUGAUAUGGGAGAAGAACCAUAUAAAUGUACGGAGUGUGGAAAAAGCUUUAAUAAAUCUGAUCAACUCAUUUCACAUAAAAAGACACAUUUAGAAGAGAAAACACAUACCUGCAAGGAGUGUGGAAAGACCUUCUGUAAUAAUCGCUCUCUUAGAAGUCAUGAAAGGACUCACAAAAGAGAAAGACCAUAUCAAUGCAUUGAGUGUGGAAAGAGCUUUACUUGUGCCACUCAUCUUAGUACCCAUAAGAUGAAGCACACAAAAGAGAAGCCAUAUAAUUGCGUGGAGUGCGGAAAGGCCUGUGGUUAUUCUAAGUCUCUUAUAAUCCAUCAAAGGAUUCACAAAGGAGAAAGACCUUAUGAAUGCACGGAGUGUGGAAAGACCUUUAAUUGUAUCAGUAAUCUUAAUUGCCACAAGAAGAUCCACACAGGAGAGAAGCCGUAUCAAUGCAUGGAAUGUGGAAAGACCUUUACUUAUAAGACUAGCCUCAAUUCCCAUAAGAGGAUUCACACAGGAGAGAAGCCAUAUCAGUGCAUGGAAUGUGGAAAGACCUUCUCUUAUAAUUACUCUCUCAUAAUCCAUCAGAGGAAUCACAAAGGAGAAAGACCUUAUAAAUGCAUGGAGUGUGGAAAGACCUUUACUUGUAGCAGUAGUCUUAAUUACCACAACAGGGUCCACACACAAGAGAAACCAUAUCAAUGCACGGAGUGUGGAAAGGAUUUUAGAAACAGUAAUAAUCUUGCCUCCCAUAAGAGGAUUCACACAAGAGAGAAACAGUAUCAAUGUAUGGAGACUGGAAAGACCUUUACUUGUAGCAGUAGUCUUAUUUCCCACAAGAGCAUUCACACAGGAGAGAAGCCAUAUCAAUGCAUGGAGUGUGGAAAGAGCUUUAGUAGGAAAAGAGCUCUGAUUCACCAUAAACCUAUCCAUACAAAGGAGAAGCCAUAUCAGUGCACGGAGUGUGGAAAGAGCUUUAGUAGGAAAACGAAUCUGAUUCACCAUAAACCUAUCCAUACAAAGGAGAAGCCAUAUCAAUGCAUGGAGUGUAGAAAGACCUUCUGUUAUUAUAACUCUCUUAUAAGACAUGAAAGGAAUCACACAGGAGAAAGACCUUAUAAAUGUUUGGACUGUGGAAAGACCUUUAUUCGUAGCACUAGUCUUAAUUCCCACAAGAGGGUCCACAUAGGAGAGAAGCCAUAUAAAUGUAUGGAAUGUGGAAAGAGCUUUAGGUGGAAUUCUGGUCUUAUCGCCCAUAAAAGGAUCCAUACAGGAGAAAGACCAUAUGAAUGCACGGAGUGUGGAAAGACCUUUACUUGUAGCAAUACUCUUAAUUCCCACAAGAGAAGCCACACAGAAGAAAGACCAUAUGAAUGCACGGAGUGUGGAAAGACCUUUAUUUGUAGCAGUAGUCUUUAUUCCCACAAGAGAAGCCAUACAGGAGAGAAACCAUAUCAAUGCAUGGAAUGUGGGAAGAGCUUUGCCAGGAAUUGCACUCUUACUCGUCAUAGAAUGAUCCAUACUCGGGAGAAACCACAUCAAUAAAGGAAGUGUGAGAAAUGGUUUGAAGGAACAAUUGGAAAACUACUACCACUAUCACCAAUUUGUCACGGAUUCUUUUUAAACCAUAGCCAGUUUGAUUGACUUGAGCUCAAAAGAUCCAUCAAAAGCAUGAAUUCUAGACAAUUUAAAUUUUCAGUCUCUGAUAAGAGUUGUGGAGAUGUUUGAGACUUCCGGUUUGAUGUUGUGGCGGGACGUGUACAGGGAGACGGGGCUCCCGUGUUCGAUUUCGCCCCGCUCGCAACCCUGGAAAGAGUCAAAAGUCGCCCCAAAAAGGCGACGAACAAGAAGGGGACCCUCAAUCACGGGAGGAUGGCGGCCCUCCCGUUUGAUCCGUGAAAGCCCUCCAAACCGGCGGGGGAAAGCCUGGCUACAUUUGUGUAGCCAGUCAGAAGCUGCUGACAACUGAAGCAAAUAAGCACCAAUGAGCAACUUUUCUGCAGUGAGGAUGAAACUGGGUGAUACUCUCCCUGAUGAGAGAGGGAAGGGGAAUUUCCACCCCAUUCCCUCAGG